GCCAGCAGCCAGCUGGGCCACGAGUUGCCGGAGCUCGUUCAGAGUUGACGUUUUACGUUUGAAAUGUUUUUAUUAAUUAAGGUGCUGCAAAUGCAAUGCUAACUUAUUAUUUAUUAAUUACCUUUUUGCUUCCUAUGGCGGGAAAGGGAGGUCUGGUUGUCGGCCAUGCUGGAAAUGUGAUCUCGCGUUAUUGUGUCAUUGUCAAUACAGUACAUGGACACCACGAUAUGAAACGUUGAUUUUUCUGGAUAAAUUGACUGAUUGGUUCUGAUUGGCCACCCACCUCCAUGAGCCCGCCCCCUGUGGGACGUUCUUACCAGCGCGUCUUUUGGGCUAUAUAUUACUGGCUGAGAGGCACAGGAACUCACGGACAACGGGGGUCAUUUCGCUAAAAUAAAAGCCCACUACUAUCUCCAACAGCUACACCAACAAGAUCCUAUAGGGAAACAAACUAACAUUUUCUCCACAUAACUAUUUCGUUUAGGUUUUAAGGUACACAAUGGCAGAAAAAAUUGACAUUGAGGGGAAGGCAUCCAACGGAGAGGCGCAUCUCGAUGAGCAGGUAGCCAACGGACUCGGCCACAAGAAGUGUUCCAACGAGACAACGGCGGAGAAAAUCAAGAGGCUUGUCAUGGCCAACUUGCUGGUGAUUCUCACCGUGGCCGGGGUGAUCAUCGGGGUGUUCAUCGGACUUGGUGUGCGCCACAUGGAGCUGAGCAGGACACAGAUCCUCUACGUGGGCUUCCCUGGCGAGCUGCUCAUCCGGCUGCUGAAGAUGAUCAUCAUCCCCCUGGUCGUGUGCAGUCUGGUGUCUGGGGCGGCCAGCAUCGACCCCAAAGCACUGGGCAAGCUGGGCGGCUGGGCGAUGCUUUUCUUUUUGGUCACCACUUUAAUUGCGUCAGCCAUCGGGGUGAUCAUGGCGUUCAUCAUCUCCCCCGGAUCAAACACCGGCUCCAAGCCGAUUUUGUCCGGUGACGGUGAGCUGCCCCAGGCCAAAGAAGUGGUGGACUCCUUCUUGGACCUGAUCAGAAACAUUUUCCCCUCCAACUUGGUGUCUGCUGCCUUUCAGUCUUAUGCUACCAGCUACAAGUUUGUGACCAAGAAUGGCACUAAUGGCUUGCCCGACAUCACAGUUGAGAAGGUUCCCUUUGGCACAGACCAGGACGGUAUGAACAUCCUAGGGCUGGUGGUGUUUGCCAUAGUGUUUGGUGUAGCCCUGAGGAAGCUAGGAGAGGAGGGAGAGAUUCUCAUCAAGUUCUUCAACUCCUUUAACGAGGCCACCAUGGUACUGGUGUCCUGGAUCAUGUGGUAUGCCCCCCUUGGUAUCAUGUUCUUGGUGGCAGGGAAGAUCGUGGAGAUGGAGGACGUGGGAACGCUGUUUGCCAGCCUGGGCAAGUACAUCGCCUGCUGUAUCAUCGGCCAUGCCAUCCACGGCCUGCUGGUCCUGCCAGGCAUCUACUUUAUCAUCACCCGCAAGAACCCCUACACCUUCCUGUGGGGCAUCUUCACUGCUCUGGCCACAGCCUUUGGAACCUGCUCCAGCUCUGCCACCCUGCCGCUGAUGAUGAAGUGCGUGGAGGAGAAGAAUGGCGUGUCAAAGCACAUCAGUCGUUUCAUCCUGCCCAUCGGGGCCACAGUGAACAUGGAUGGUGCAGCUCUCUUCCAGUGUGUGGCUGCAGUCUUCAUCGCUCAGCUCAACAACAUCCCACUCAACUUCAUCCAAGUCUUCACCAUCCUAGUGACAGCCACAGCGUCCAGUGUGGGAGCAGCAGGGAUCCCUGCGGGGGGUGUGCUGACACUGGCCAUCAUCCUGGAGGCAGUGGGACUGCCCACCAACGACAUCUCCCUCAUCCUCGCCGUCGACUGGCUCGUUGACCGUACCUGCACCGUUCUGAAUGUGGAGGGUGACGCCUUCGGAGCCGGGCUGCUGCAGUGGUACGUGGACCGAUCUGACAAGCCCAAGGAGGGGGCGGAGCUAAGCGAGGUGAAGAUGGAGAAUGACACGCCCGCCAUGCCGGAGCACUUGCCCCUCAUCGAGGAGAAGAAGAACAUGGGUGCGGCCGACGAGAAGGCGGCGGCUCACAUCUCUGAGAAAGAGUCCUUCAUGUAGAUGGUUCCCUGCUAUGUCAUCGAUGACACUCCGUUUGACCCAACAAUCCAGCUUCUCCAUACGUGACCCCCCCAUGCAGAAAGGAGGGGAGAGGACCUUUUUAGACUUCCAUUUAAAGACGAUUCCUCUCCUUGUGUCUUCUCUCUUUCUAAGAGAGACUGAGAGAUCCAGGUUGGGGGGGGCAAAGGAGAGCUUGAAGAGAGGCUGUUCAGAUUUUAACGUGACAGUAUUUUUUUUUAAGGACUCUAGGUUGGAAUCCUUUGAAUCCUGCUUUGGUUCAGAAGAGCUGGCCCUGACUUCCUGUCUUUUAAAUAUUUUUAACAGUAGCCAGCCUUUAAAAGGCAAAUAUCUCCAUGUUUUCUGUAUCAUAGCCACAUGUGCAUUAUGUUUCUCUGUGUAUGAAGUAGCCAGCACUAAUUAUCUCUGUACUCUGUGACAGUAGAUUAUGAAGAUUCCAAAGUUAUCACACAAGAUCCUCUGUACUGUAUGAUGUACCAAAUUUAAGUUAAAUCCUAAAUUGUGUUCCACUGCUGGAAAAAGGACCUUUCUCACACAAGAACUCUCUGUAAUAUUACACACACUGUGGCUCUGCUCAAUGCUUCUAAUCUGUAGCUGUUUUUAUCCCAAACUGUGUCAUUUCAGUCAGUUAGUCAGUCAGGGGCUCGCAUCCAUGCCAAGCACACAACGUUUUUGCACAGUCCAAAUGAAGGCCUCUUGUUGUCACAACAGUUUUACAAUGUUAAAAUAAUUUGUGAGAGGUGUUGCCAUAGAAAUCCUAUUAAAUUACUAGAGGGGCUAUGUCAUAAUCCCUCCAAGUUCCAGAAUGGGACAAAAUGGCAGCCAUGUUGGCCAGGGAGUAAGGCAUGUUAUACAUCAGAAAUUGUGUUAUAGAAAUACUGAUUUGAACUAGUGUAUGGCUGUGGAUUGACUGCAUUGUUUGAAUGGAAUGUUGGCAUAUUAGCAGUUAAUUUGAAAAAAUGUAUAGAAUCAUUCCUCAAACUGUCUGGCUAGCUAGCUAAUACACACAUACAAAGCAAGCGUUAUUGGCUGUUUGUUUACAAACACUGGAGUAUAACAAGCUUAUAUUUUGGGUUCUGAUGGGGUACAACAGUUGAGCUAAGCUGAUGAGCAUUUAUAAGUUAUAUUCUUCAAGAAUCAAUGGGUGUACUGUUUCAUUAAUUUAUAUGUCCAAAAAUGUAUGUAGCAACUAAGGAUUCUAGCUUUAACAAUUAAUCUCCUUUCUCUGAAGAUUUGGUUUCAUAACCUCACUGUCUGUCUUGAAAUGAUACACCCCCUAUCGUAGGCCAUGAAUCAGUCCUCUGAUUAUCCAGUCUUAACCAACAUCAUUUGAGGCUGACAAUGAAGACUUGCCCUAGAACAAUGCUUAUUAUACUGCACAGAGCCACCUCAAAACCUGUGGUGAGACAGCAUUUGCCCCAGUACUAUUACCACUUUCAAAGCAGCAGCACCUACGGGCCAGUUACUUGCAUUCCAGUUCAACAUUUACCUGCUCUGUCACAGUCUACCAUUGAAAACUGUUUUCCUGAGCAAAAAUAAGUGACUAUAAAUCUACUCGCUGAGCUUAUUUAUUUUAGGGAAAGUGAUUUACAAAGAUAAACCUUCAAUAGUGAACAUACUAGCAAUAUGCUGGCUAUUGGUGAAAGUCUGCAAAAAGAAAGCUACAAAAAUAUGCUUUUUAGCAUUUGUCUUGGCUAGCUUACUGUACUAGCCAGGUUGAUUAAGGAAUAAGGCCAGAGGGGGUGUGGUAUAUGGCCAAUAUACCACGGGUAAGGGCUGUUCUUAUGCACAACGCAAAGU